ACUAGACCGGCAUUAGACGUUUCGGCGUGCGACUUAUCGCACUAUACCGCGGACCGCCACGCUGAAGUCGCGUGAUCCGCGGGCGCGAAACGGUUACACCGACGACGAGCGUUCGUCGUAAAGGUACGCGGCUGUUGGGAAUUUAAAAAAAUAUAAAAAUAAAUACCGUUCGAUACGAUUUAAACCGUUCGGGCCGGACCGAGUCGCGUUCGACGGACAUCGCGCACGACGUUUCAGUGACCGAAUCAAUCGCUCGAUUUUUUAGCAACCGUUAUUGACGUUUUCGACGAUCAACGGUGUAGUGAGACGAUCCGCGUCCACAUAGAGCAUAUUAUUUUAUAUGCGUAAUAGCAUGCGACAGUAUUAUCUCCGAGACGACAUCAUCGGGCUCGUUGCCGACCAAACACGCGUUCUGAUGCCAUUAUUGUCGCCGACCGUACUGCUAUCGUAAUAUCAUAUAUUGCGAUCGUCGCUGUCGUGUGCGACCCGACUAUGCCGCGGCGAGCCAAAGCGGUCUUCGGCGGACGGACGAUAAUCAUUUAGAAACGGUAAUCGCGUGUUCUGCACGGUAUAAAAUAUAUUGUUAAAUUUUGAAUUUAAAACUGUUUACAACAAAAGAAUGAACGCUCUAUUGUAUCUUUUCACGCUAUACAUACUUGAAUGUGUUGGCUUAAGGGACUUGAAAAUCCACGUCCCUGUGGCAGUAAGAUCUGGAUCCAUACUGCAAAUGAACUGUACAUACGAUUUGGAAAAUACAGCAUUGUAUUCAAUAAAAUGGUAUUUGAGGGAUCAAGAAUUUUAUCGAUAUGUGCCAAAAGAAUCGCCUCCCACCCGUGUUUUUCCAAUGCCUGGAAUUAUAGUUAAUGUACAAGAAUCCGAUGAAAACAAAGUAACCAUUGUGAACGUUCAAAGGGAAUUGACGGGAUAUUAUAAAUGCGAAGUAUCAGCGGACGCUCCGCUAUUCCACACCGGUAUUAAGACUAAACUCACAUACGUCACUAAUGAACCAUCGUCCCCUCCAACGUUGCAGACGAACAGAAUGAAGUACUCAUCGGGUGAUCUAAUUAACGUCAGUUGCAUUGCAGGCGAAAGCUAUCCAGCUGUCAACAUUAGUUGGUUCUUAAAUAAUCAAACGGCUGAAACUAUGAAAUCGGUGCGUAUCAAAACCGCAUUUGAACAUAAGGUUUCCGAACUAGUAAUAAUGAGAUCCUAUCUAAUGACAAGAGCUAGUACAUUGUUAUUUCCGACUGGUCGUAUUAAAGUAAUGUGUACAAUUUCUCAAUUCGACUUGUACAAAGCAUCGUCUGAAAUAGAACUAGUUGACAACGCACCACCAAAAUCAGCACAAGUCAUCGCUCCGAGUCUGUCACCACAUUCUACAGGUAAAGCUCCAAGAUUGCAGAAUUGGGCGUUGAUUAUGUUCAUCAUGUUAUUUAUCGCCAACACCAAACUUCUGUAAUUAUAAUAUUCAUACCUGGAAACUGAACUGACCGGCUACGUUACAAUAAAUUAUUCAAAUAAUACUAUAAAAUAUAAAAUAAUAAAUAGAAAGUUGAUAUAGUCUUAUAAUGUAUAAGAUAAAUAAUAAUUAAAAAUAUAUUAUAUAUUUUAAUGAUGUUUACCUAAUGACCCGUGCAAGCACUAGAUUUUUUUUUAAAGUUAUUGUGUUCUAUUAAUUUGUUG